AUGUUCAUCACAUCGAAAUCCCGCGAGCCAAAGGAGAACCUCGAAAACUUAACGGAUAUCAAACCAAACAAUAUUCUCAGCGUUCGCGGACGACUGAAGCUGGCGGACUUUGGCUUCUUCAUCUAUGCCCCUGUAGUCGAGGGCCGCGACAACUCUGCACCAACAGAAAUAAUACGAGGAUAUACCGAUACAUACGGUGCACCCGAAGUAACUCGCAUGGUUAGACCGGACGGUACCUUGUCUAGUGUAUCGCAAGCUAUUGACGCUUGGUCCUUUGGUUGUGUUCUAUCAGUAGCUGCGACAUGGGUAGUUUUGGGGUUCCAAGGUCUCCGUCAGUAUGAACGCCUUCGACAGCUAUCUCCAGCGAAUUCUAUGAAUGGCCCGGGAUUAGACCGAUUUCACGAUGGAUACCAGGUCCUACCGGAGGUGGGGAAAUGGCACGACUAUCUGCGUGGGCAUCUUCGUCCGUCAGACACGACGACGGAGCUGGUUCUGGGUUUGAUAGAGAACAAGUUGUUGCGAGCAGAACCAGUGGCACGGCACUCUCUAGAGGAGCUCUGCGAAAAGCUUCAAGAGUUGAGCGAUUGGGCCCAAUACAAGAUCAAAAGCCUCAGGAAUCACUCGCGGGAUACCGAUCCUGUAGUCAUGAGGGCCCUCUCGAGCAUAGAAGAGGAAGCUCAUAUCCAGAGAGCCUCUGAACGAAAUCUAACCCAAUCACAACAGUCCUUUGUACCUACAAACCCUCGGCAGCGGGCAUCAAUGCGGACAGAUAUGGGAAGUAUGAUCAAGGACAAACCUCUUGGUCAGACGACAUAUCGCAAGGAAAUUUUGGAGGAGAAACUCGGAUUAUACUAUGACAGAGAGGUGGACAAAACACCACUGCUCGCAGAUGAGAGUCAUAACGGCGACCUCACAGAAAGUCCGACUGAAGCGACACUUCCAAACGACAUGCCAUUUGCUGGUUGCAGGAGUAAGCCCAAAAAUCCGCAGUUCCGAGCACAUGAACAGGAACAGUUAGAUGCAAGCAUCCGGACACUGAGUGGUACACGUCUAUUCUCGGAAAGCGAUCGCCCUGCGACACCACCACCAUCCUCCGACCGCUACAUCAAAGUCUCUAGUCCUGACACUGGACCCUAUAGCGAUGACGUCUUCACAACACAACCAAAUGGCAGUCCAUUUGACAUCAAUCCAUCCGCCAAAGACCACCCAGCAGGACUUAACCUGCGAAUCGCAAGAACAGUCUCGCCGUCCGCAGGGCACUCCAUCGAUCUCGCUCAUCCCAGUAGAAUUUCGAACUUGCUGUCUCCCUUUCCGGAAACAGGAUAUGCGAUGCAAAACUCCGACCACCUGGCUGAAAAGGAGGCGUACGCAGCAGAGUUUCCUCCAUCCGGAACCAUACACGGUUCCAUUGAGCGGGACGUUGAAAGCGGCAAUGCUUCACCACUGCGCAACCCGGUGCAUUUGCAGAGUCACAAAGCAAAGGCCGCUGCUGUGUCUGAUAUGAGUCAUACGAAAUCUCUUUUCGACGACAGGCACAAGCACAGAUACGAGCUGAAAGCUGAAAAUGCCAGUCUAGUCGAGGCUGUUGGAAACCCCGGCCCCUCCAUAAGAUUAUCGCAGGCCGAAGAUACACAGUCAGCACAGCAGCCAUCGUCGUCCGCAUCGGUCACUCAUACUCACCAGAAAGAAGCUUUACGCAUUCAUGCGCCUUCGCAGUCUUACGAUGACUCCCCACGGCCACUCCCGCCCUCUGCUCUAGACCUGCCCUAUGAUAUUUGCGUUACAAGGAAGGAUAUAGACUAUCAGGUCUCCAAGGGGAUUGCAAAACGUUUCGCAAAAGUGAAGGGCAAAUUUGGCAUCGAGACCAGAGCGCGAGCUCCUAGCCUUAAGGAUACCUUCAGUGAUUCGCGCGAAAUUAUCUUCAUCAUCGACAAUGGAUGGACAAUGGCUAAGCACUGGCCAAUCGUGACCUUCGUAGCGCAAACGCUCGCUAAGAAAGCUGCUGGUCUAGACAGGAGUGGAUUCGACGUAAAAUUCACGGUUGAUGGCCAUGCACAUAAUGAGAAUCACGUGAAAGGAGAUGCAGGUCGAGGAAGACUGCAAAAAGCGUUGAGAAAAGCGUGGCCAGAGUACAAGCCUGCCAACCACGCUACUACCGACAUGGCCAAAGUGUUCAGAGAUGUUUACCACGAAUGGGACCGUGUCGGCCAGCCAGCUACGACACUUCUCGUCUUAACCGAUGGCGUGUGGUCAGAGACAGACCUCAGGACCCUCAACAUGACAAUACUCGAUAUCGCUCGACGAGACCAACGAAAUGCUGGCAACCGGUACUUCAGCAUCCAAUUCAUCCGAUUCGGGGAUGAAGCUGCCGAGAAAGCUCGUUUGCAGUGGCUAGAAGACCAUUUGUGCGCAGAAAAUAAUCUAAGGGACAUCGUCGACCACUGCUCGUGGCGCAGUACAGUUGACAAAAUGUUGAUGGGAAGCAUAGAGGGUUAUUGGGAUUAUCAGGAACCUGAAGAACCGCCCAUCUUGUAUGAUUACGAUGACCUGGUUGGUCUGUUCAAUGCGUUCAAUCGAGGAUACGACGGGGAAUCUGGACAUCUCAAAAGACUAUCCCAAACGCCAUUACGAGGGUCAAUUCGGUCAUCUGUCUCCACGUCGCGUGCAGAUAGCUGGAUGGAACGGCGUUAA